AUGGUUAAGACUUAUAUUGAGUAUACCAACGACACGAGCCUUCUCGAACGAGCGUUGCCUCUUCUUAUUAAGGAGCAUAACUUUUGGAUAGAGAACCGCACAUUAACAAUCACGUCGGGCGAUAAAACCUUUCAUCUUGCACACUAUGAGGUCCAAAACACUGAGCCAAGACCAGAGCGCAAGACCUCUACGUACCAUCGGACGCGACACCACCGACCCACCCCGGCGCAGAAAGCAGAUGCCCCCGAAGGAUAUCAGGUAUUCUUCCAUAUCGCUCAAUUCUACCCCUUCUGGCUAGGCGCAGCUCCUCCGCAACUCCGGGACAACCCCCUAGCUGUGAAGCUCGCGUUCCAGCGCGUUUCUGACUUUGCCUCCGAGAAGGCCGGUGGUAUCGCAGCCACAAAUUAUCACACUGGCCAGCAGUGGGAUCAACCGAAUGUCUGGCCGCCACUGAUGUAUGUGCUCAUGAAAGGCCUGCUUAAAACCCCGGCGACUUUCGGAAAAGAGGAUCCUGCAUACAUCGAAACCCAGGACCUUUCUCUUACGUUGGCGCAGCGCUACUUAGAUAGCACAUUUUACGCUGACGACUCGACUAAUGUUGCCGGCGGAGGAGGCGAAUACGAAGUCGUUGAGGGAUUCGGGUGGACGAACGGUGUGCUGAUCUGGGCGGUCGACACGUUUGGCAACAAGCUGAAGCGACCGAAUUGUGGUAACUUGACGGCAGCAGAUGUUGACCGCAAGUUAAGGAAACGAGAUUCUUUCGGUCAGCGAGCGGUUGAGUUAUUCACAAGGCUAGAUGCCUUUACCAAGACUGUCGAGGAUGCGCGCAUACGAACUACCUCGGGCGGAAUCGUCACCAUCGUAUCCCUGAUCAUCGUUUUCUAUCUUGCCUGGGGGGAAUGGUCCGACUACAGGAGGAUAGUUAUCCACCCCGAACUUAUUGUCGACAAAGGCAGAGGAGAGCGCAUGGAAAUUCAUAUGAACAUCACCUUCCCCAGGCUGCCUUGCGAGCUCCUAACCCUUGACGUGAUGGAUGUCUCUGGUGAGCAACAGCAUGGUGUUUUACAUGGUGUGAAGAAAGUUAGACUGCAACCAAUUACGCAAGGCGGCGGCGUCAUUGAUGUGACCGCUUUAUCUCUCCAUGGCAAGGAAGAGACCGCAGAACACCUAGAUCCCAACUACUGCGGCCCCUGCUACGGCGCCCCUGCUCCUGCUAACGCCGCGAAACCCGGCUGCUGUAAUACCUGUGAUGAGGUUCGGGACGCGUACCAGCAAGCGUCUUGGGCUUUUGGUAGGGGCGAAGGUGUCGAGCAAUGCUUACGGGAACACUACGCUGAGAGGUUGGACGAGCAGAGACACGAAGGGUGCCGAAUUGAAGGCGCGAUUCGCGUCAACAAGGUUAUUGGUAACUUUCACUUUGCGCCGGGUCGAAGUUUCAGCAGCGGCAAUAUGCAUGUCCACGAUCUGAAGAACUACUGGGAUAGCCCGGUUCGUCACUCAUUUGAGCACGAGGUCCACCAACUUCGCUUCGGACCUCAGCUCCCUGAAGACAUCACGCGGAAGCAUGCCAAAAACAGCCCUUGGACUAACCACCACAUCAAUCAACCUCUUGACCAAGUCAAGCAGACUACCGAGGAUCCCGCUUUCAACUUCAUGUAUUUUGUCAAAGUUGUCCCUACUGCGUAUCUUCCCCUAAGCUGGUCAACGGCAAACGGACAUAACAGGCAACUUGACGACGAGACCUGGUUGGGAGGUCUGGGCCAUGCAACUGAUGGCAGCAUGGAGACUCAUCAGUACUCGGUCACAAGCCACAAGCGAAGCUUGGCUGGCGGUGAUGAUGCAGCUGAGGGUCACCAAGAACGGAUGCACGCGAGAGGCGGUAUCCCGGGUGUAUUCUUUUCUUACGAUAUCUCUCCAAUGAAAGUGAUCAACCGCGAGGAACGUGCUAAAACUUUCACCGCGGCUUUUUAA